CUUAUCACAUUUUUCUAUUCCACUUCAACUCGCAGCAGCGGCAGUAGAGCAGUAUCAGAACAUCAUCAUCUUCUCGCUACGCUUUGCUUUUCUCUCCCAGAAGAGGGGAAACCAAAAAAAAAAAAAAGCAUGGAAGCGCACUUAGCUUCCAAAUGGUGUUUGCUGUGCAUGGUGUUGUUGAUUUGUGGAGCUCAGUUGGCCCAAUGCAGUGUGGCUUAUGACAGGAAGGCCAUUAUCAUCAAUGGCCAGAAGAGAAUUCUCUUCUCCGGCUCCAUUCAUUACCCGAGAAGCACCCCUCAGAUGUGGGAGGGGCUUAUACAGAAGGCCAAAGAUGGAGGUUUGGAUGUUAUAGACACAUAUGUGUUUUGGAACCUUCACGAGCCUUCUCCUGGCAAUUAUAACUUUGAGGGAAGAUAUGAUUUGGUUCGGUUCAUAAAGACGAUCCAGAAAGCGGGGCUGUACGUGCAUCUUCGCAUUGGGCCUUACAUUUGUGCAGAAUGGAAUUUUGGGGGUUUUCCUGUUUGGUUGAAGUAUGUUCCAGGCAUCAGCUUCAGAACAGAUAAUGAACCUUUCAAAAUGGCAAUGCAAAGGUUCACCCAAAAAAUUGUACAAAUGAUGAAGGAUGAGAAGUUAUUUCAAGCCGAAGGCGGGCCUAUCAUCCUUUCCCAGAUUGAGAAUGAGUAUGGAUCUGUGACCAAGGCAUUUGGUAGUGCUGGCCAUGCAUACAUGACCUGGGCAGCGAAAAUGGCUGUUGAAUUUGGUACAGGGGUCCCAUGGGUUAUGUGCAAGCAAGAUGAUGCUCCCGAUCCAAUAAUAAACACGUGCAAUGGUUUUUAUUGCGAUUACUUCUCCCCAAACAAACCUUACAAACCCACAAUGUGGACUGAGGCUUGGAGUGGCUGGUUUACAGAAUUUGGUGGCACCAUUCACCAGCGACCAGUUGAAGACUUAGCUUUUGCAGUUGCCCGCUUCAUUCAAAAGGGAGGCUCAUUUGUGAAUUAUUACAUGUAUCAAGGAGGGACCAAUUUUGGAAGAACAGCAGGAGGCCCUUUCAUCACUACCAGCUAUGACUAUGAUGCUCCCAUUGAUGAAUAUGGUUUGAUUAGGCAACCUAAGUACGGUCAUCUGAAGGAGCUACAUAGAGCUGUUAAGCUAUGUGAGCAAGCUUUAGUUUCUGCUGAUCCUACCAUUACUUCAUUGGGAAAUUAUGAAAAGGCACAUGUAUUCUCUUCUAAGUCAGGAUGUGCAGCUUUUCUUUCGAACUACCAUACAGAGUCAUCUUCGAGGGUGACAUUUAAUAACAGGCAUUAUGACCUCCCACCUUGGUCCAUCAGCAUUCUUCCUGAUUGCAGAAAUGUCGUCUACAACACUGCAAAGGUUGGAUAUCAAACAUCUGAUGUGAAAAUGUUGCCAACUAAUGCUGAGCUUGUUUCAUGGGCAACAUUUGGUGAAGACAUAUCCUCGGCUGAGGAUGACUCAAAGAUCACAGUUUCUGGUCUCCUGGAGCAAUUAAAUGUUACUAGAGAUACCAGCGACUACCUCUGGUACAUGACAAGUGUUAAAAUAAACCCGUCUGAACUGCGUAGAGGCCAACGUCCCACUCUCACUGUGCAGUCAGCAGGUGAUGCCUUGCAUGUAUUCAUAAAUGGACGCCUAUCAGGCUCUGCCUUUGGAACUCGGAAGGACAGAAAGUUUACUUUCACAGGAAAUGUCGACCUGCACGCUGGAAUGAACAGGAUUUCUCUACUCAGUGUAGCUGUUGGAUUGCCGAACAAUGGAUUUCGCUUUGAAACACGGAAGACCGGAGUCCUGGGACCAGUUCUUCUGAAUGGUCUAGACAGCGGGAGGAAGGACUUAUCCUGGAAGAACUGGUCAUACAAGGUUGGGCUCAAAGGAGAGGCAAUGAAUCUAGCGUCGCCAAAUGGAAUUUCAGCUUCUGAUUGGGUGAAAGAGUCCACGGUUGCACAAAAGAACCAGUCUCUUACAUGGUACAAGGCUUAUUUCAAUGCACCGGGUGGAGAUGACCCAUUGGCCCUGGACAUGGCUAGCAUGGGAAAGGGUCAGGUUUGGAUCAACGGCCAUAGCAUUGGAAGAUAUUGGACUGUCUAUGCUAAUGGUGAUUGCACCAAGUGUAGUUAUUCAGGGACAUUUCGACCUAAAAAGUGCCAAGUCGGUUGUGGUCAGCCAACUCAAAGAUGGUACCACAUUCCUCGCUCGUGGUUGAAGCCGACCCAAAAUCAACUGAUUGUAUUUGAAGAACUUGGUGGAGAUGCAUCCAGGAUUACUGUUGUGAAGAGAUUAGCAGUAACCAAUGUAAAAAGACGAAAAGAUGCCACAAAAUAUUGAGCAGGUCUGAAUCUUGGGCUUUGUAUGUUCACCACUUGGGGCAUUAGGCUGCAGCUUUGGGAGGAAUUUAGGUCCUAUUCCUAUGCUUUUUUUUUUGGGUCUAUUCCUGUGCUUUUUUUUCACUAAGCCAAAGUUCAAGAUGAAUAAGCACUUUGAUGAUAUGUUUUAGUUUUAGUAAAUAUGGGAAAUCAAAAUCAAAUUCCGUGCAAUUUUCAUUCAAACUUUCACAGGGAA